AGGUCAUGACUAAGAAGCUGCCUUUUUCUCCUCUCUUUCUAUUGGGGCCUCUAGCAGUGAAUUCUAAAGGGCAUACAUGCAGUAAGAAAUAAGACUUUCAUUCAGCACCUGCUAGGAGUGAAAUCAAGUUCAAACACAGAAAUGAGACACGUGGCUGUAUGAAGAAAAAGACAAUGCUUUUUGACAAAGGUCCAACAUCUUCCAGAUCAUGGCACUAUCUAAAGUAUUGUUGAUUUUAAACGUACUUUUCUGUAAGAUCCCCCAAAGCCUUCUUUCUCAUCGGUGCUUAGCUAAAGGGCCAGGUAUCAUAGAGUGUUCUGGACGUGUGUGGACAGAACCAGCCCCAAUCAUUCAAAUGGGCCAAAAUGUUUCUAUAAAUUGCCAUUGCAUGGAAAACUGUCAGAAAGGAAAACUAUCUCUGAUCUUAAAUAACAAUGAAGUUGAGGAUACACUCCUGUCAGUUAUAAACCAAACUACAGUCCAGCUCAACCUUCAGAAUUAUAAUAAGCCCUUUUCCACAGUGUCAUGCCUUCUCAAAAGUGCUAGCCGACUGAUCUGUGGAACACAAUUUUGCAUGGGAUAUCUGCCUGAAAAACCAGCCAAUUUAACCUGCAUUAAACCUGAGCAAUCAAGUAAUAUGAUCUGCACUUGGGAACCAGGAAAGAAAACACAUUUAAACACUAACUACAUUCUGUAUGUGAAAAG